AUGGACAUGGCCACACCUGUAGUCAAGCCGCCUUACUUUGGGCUCAGGGGGAAGUCGCUAACAUACCGGAUCACUUUUGCAUGUAGCGUAGACAUGCUCAUGUUUGGCUACGAUCAGGCGGUCUUUAGCGGCGUCAUCGUGACUGACGACUUCCUCGAGCUUCACAAUCUUGUCGGUCCAGAGAAGACUCGGAUGCUGUCUACGAUUACAGCGAUAUAUGACAUUGGCUGUUUCGUUGGAGCGAUUCUAGCGUUUACGAUUGGGGAAACGCUAGGUCGAACCAAAUCCAUCCUGAUUGGUACCGCCAUCAUGAGCGUUGGAGCCAUUUUGAUGGCGUCGUCUUAUAGCUUGGCACAAAUGUUUGUUGGGCGCAUUGUUCUAGGGAUCGGCAACGGAGUCAACACAGCUACCGGACCCAUUUGGCAGACCGAGACAGCUCCCGCACAUUGGCGCGGCAAGUUAGUCAUGUUUGAGAUGAUGAUGAAUAUUGUGGGAUUUUCCCUCUGCAACUGGAUCAAUUUCGGUCUGUCAUACGCAGGCGGUGCUGUCGCAUGGAGGUUUCCUCUCGCCUUUCAAUUCGUCUUCAUCAUCGCCCUGUUCGCAACGGUUCCAUGGCUGCCCGAGUCGCCCAGAUGGCUCCUGUCACAUGGACGUGAGAUUGACGCAAUACAGAUUCUCGCCUGCCUCGAGGGAAAACUGGAGGAUGAUGCAUUUGUCGUUUCGCAGAAAGAAGAGAUACAAUUUAGUAUCGAUUACGAACGAGAGCAUAAUAUACGAUGGAGGGAUCUGCUGCGACCGCAGCCUGAAGCAACCAAACCUUUACGCCGGAUCAUCUUGGGUGCCGGCACACAGUUUAUGCAGCAAUCCGAAGGCAUCAAUAUUAUGAGUUACUAUAUGCCAGCAGUGUUGAUCUCUGCGGUAGGCCUAUCGAAUGAGCUGGCGCGUCUUCUGACGGCUGUCAACUCACUGACUUAUCUCAUCUUCGCAUGCGUCUCAGUAACACUGGUCGAGAGAUGGGGGCGGCGAGGGCUGAUGCUGCUAUCCACUGCCGGUCAAGGCUUGGCAUUCCUCGUGAUCACUAUUCUUCUCAGAUACGGUGGACCAGGAGGUAACCGGAGAGCCUCGGAAGGAUCCAUCGUUUUCUUUUUCCUCUACUUCAUGGCCUUUGGCCUGGGUAUGUUGGGCGUUCCAUGGCUCUAUCCAACCGAAAUCAACUCGAUUGCCAUGCGAACGAAGGGUGCCGCAUUUGCCACUGCCACGAAUUGGAUGGCGAAUUAUGUAAUCGUUCAAAUCACACCAAUCGGGAUUCAAGAAUUGGGAUGGAAGUUCUGGAUUGUGUUUACAGUCCUGAAUGCUGCAUUCCUGCCCGUAAUCUACCUCUUCUAUCCCGAAACAGCAAACCGAACGUUGGAAGAUCUCGACGAGUAUUAUCGCAACGGUCCACCCCUAAUUGUUAUGAGAGACAAGGACGCAAUCGCAAGUAAAAGACCUAAAGAAUACGUCGAUCGACAAGAAGCACAUGUUCAGCGUGUUGCCCAUGGUACUGAGGUCAUCGAGACUGUUGGUUUACGUAUCACGGGGGUGAUUUGUUCGAUCGAACCGUGGUGA